UGAUUUAUGAUUUUUCACAUCACUGUCUCGAAAAUUCGUGAAAAUUCUGCAUACGGAAAAAGGAAAAACCCGAGCGACUGCGAGUCAAUAAAAGCCAGGAAAAUGUCUUUAUUCGGUGCCUUGAUGGGAGACUUCGACGAUGACCUUGGUCUUAUGAACAACCACAUGAACCACACGAUGAACGCGAUGAACAUGCAAAUGCGCUCGAUGAACCGCCUGAUGAACAGCUUCAUGCCGGAUCCCUUCAUGCAGGUCUCGCCCUUUGACCCUGGAUUCCAGCAGGGCGCCCUGAUGGAGCGUCCCCAGAUGCCGGCCAUGCCCGCCAUGGGACUCUUCGGCAUGCCCAUGAUGCCCAACUUCAAUCGCUUGCUGAAUGCUGACAUUGGUGCCAACCCGGGCGCCUCCUUCUGCCAGAGCACCGUGAUGACCAUGUCCUCGGGUCCGGAUGGCCGCCCGCAGAUCUACCAGGCCAGCACUAGCACCAAAACCGGACCCGGAGGCGUUCGUGAGACCCGCAAGACUGUGCAGGACUCGCGCACUGGCUUGAAGAAGAUGGCCAUUGGCCACCACAUCGGCGAGCGGGCACACAUCAUUGAGAAGGAGCAGGACAUGCGGUCCGGCCAACUGGAGGAGCGCCAGGAGUUCAUCAAUCUGGAGGAGGAGGAAGCCGAGCAGUUCGACCGCGAGUUCACUUCGCGCGCAUCUCGCGGAGCUGUUCAGUCAGGACAUCGUGGAGGUGGGAUGCAGGCCAUCAUGCCCGCCCGUCCGCCGGCUCACACCUCAACAUUGACCAUUGAGCCGGUGGAGGAUGACGACGAAGAUGAUGACUGUGUGAUCCAGGAGCAACCGCCAGUUCGCUCCUCCGCGGGCCGCCAUUAUUCCACUGCGCCAACGGCACCCGUGAACAGUGGCAGCAUUGCAACAGCAGCUGCAGCAACAUCUUCGCCAGCAAUCUACGAUCUAAGCAGCGGAAACAACAACAACUACGUGAGCUCUCGUCGAUCGUACCUGCGAAAUGGCCAUGGGCAUGGCCUGGCCACGCCCCGCCGACCACUGCGGACACCCCCAUCCUCGCCGCUGGCCACGGUGUCCACUUCUCCAAGCAUACACCCACAUCCCUAUGCCGCCCAUCCGAGGCGCCAACAGCGCGUCCUGAAGCAUCAGCAAACGGAUGACGAGGCGGCCAACUCCUCCAAGGCGGGCAAGCGCGGCAAGAAGCAGUAGUAGCAGCGUAACCAGCUCCAUGCUAACAUCUUCCAAAUCGCACACUCAAAAACACUGGAAGCAAGCGUUGGUCCUGUUCCAGAGCAUCUUUAUGUUACAGCAGAAUAACCAUUUCAAAUAUUUUCAACAAACUUUAUUCUUCAGUUCGGUCAUAUCCUGCGUGGUACAUCAGUCUAACACUCCAAAUUCGACAAGUUAAUGCUCUUUUUGAUGACCACACAGGAUACAGAUCAAAUCGCCUACACUUACAUUAAACAAAAGUGACUAUUCAACGCCGAAAUCAUUACACUCUCGCACACCUAAUCGCAAAUUCAAAGAAAGUAAUGGAUAAUAUAUGAAAUCGUAAUCAUAAGUUUGAAUUAUUUGGCUAAUUCUCAAGUUUCUAGAUUUCGUUAGCCACUAAGCUUUAAAUUACGGAGACCAGAACCCGUGUAAAGGGACACUAGCGAUUCGAAGGCGCUCCAAAACAUAGAAAACACUACAUUUACCAAUUCCCCAAUACAUGUAAUUCAUAAGGCUUAAGUAAAUGUUGAUGUGAAUUUAAUUAAACGGUAAUUACAUUAUAUUAGUGAA